AUGUCAAAUACAGAAAAUAUGUUGAUGAUGGCUAGUUAUGUUUUUUUUCCAGUUGAUUCCUUUUUCUUCGUCGAUCAAUUUUCUGUUUUUGAUUUUGCGAUAGAGUGAUAUUAUUUCUAAUGUGUGUAUGUUUGAUGACGAAGACUAAAGUGAAUUGUGAUGGACUUCCCUGUAACCCCGUCUAAUGCUUCAGAUAGCAAUGAAUAUCCAGGAUCUGCAGCAUCAUAUGACAACGUUUCCGAUAACAAGCGACGCAGCUCGUCCAGAUCAAUAAAAAGGAGACGUUUUGACGAUGAAUUAGUUGAAUACAGCCUGGGAUUACCAGGAGCAUCCCAGGGCGGAAAGGGAGACAAAAGAAUGCGGACUCAGUCGUAUACCAGCCAGUUGCCAGAAUUUCCAAUAGUGCCGAAUAUUCCUACUACGCCUAUAACCCCUAUAGUAGAGCGUCGUAAGACAUCUAGUAAGAUUUCAACUGGUGGAAGUUUAGGGAGGAAAUCGCGUCGCAAAGGACAACUGAGUCAGCUUUCUACUAAGGACUUAGGUCGUUGGAAACCUACAGAUGAUCUGGCACUGAUAUUGGGUGUGCAGCAGACAAAUGAUUUAAGAAUAGUGCAUCGUGGAGUGAAGUUCUCUUGUCGCUUCACAAUCGGAGAGUUGCAGUCACGUUGGUACGCACUGCUGUACAAUGCUGAGAUAUCACGGGUCGCUGUUGCUGCUAUGCGUAACCUGCAUCCGGAUCUGGUCGCUGCGGUCCAACAACAGGCAUUAUAUUCAAAUGCAGAAGAGGAGCUCCUUGGAACUUUGCCUAGUACAUCUCAUCCCGAAUUGGAGAAAUUCCAAGAGCUGUUGGAACAGAAUCCUAAUGUUUUCUACCAGUCGCGGACUGCAAAAUCUUUGAUGGCUCAUUGGCAGCUCCUGAAGCAGUAUCAGCUUUUGCCCGACCAAACUGUGCAACCUGUGCCUAAGAAUCCUGGAGACAAAGUGUUGUCAUUCUCGGAUGCUGAGGAAACUAUGAACGAUUCUGAACUCCCUGAUUACAAAGAAGAUGGAGUUGAUGUUGAAAUGCAAAUGGCUGACAGGAUUGAGAAGAAAGAGAUAAGGCUACUCGAGAACUCCCUGUCCCGCUGGCAAGUGUUAGUACAGUCCGUGGCUGGAGGUAGCAUGGAGUUGGAUAAGAAUACUUUGGCGGUUCUGAGGGGCAGGCUCGUGCGGUAUCUCAUGCGAUCUAGAGAGAUUGCCGUAGGGCGCAGCACCAGGGACCACACGAUCGACGUGAAUCUAAGCCUCGAAGGGCCGGCCGCUAAAGUAUCCAGAAAACAAGCGACAAUACGCCUUCGCAAUAGCGGCGACUUUUUUAUGUCCUCGGAAGGCAAGAGGCCCAUAUUUGUCGACGGUCGGCCAGUUCUUCAGGGAAACAAAGUGAAGCUUAAUCAUAACAGUGUCAUUGAGAUCGCAGGACUUCGCUUCGUGUUCCUCAUAAAUCAAGAUCUUAUCAGCGCCAUACGUCAAGAAGCCGUCAAAGUGAACAUACCAGUUUAAUUAUUGGAAUUGUAAUAAACGCAUAUAAUUAAAUAAAAUGCAGUUUUUAUUUAGAA